AUGGGCAGAAUCAUCUUUUACGAGGACAGGAACUUCCAGGGUCGUUCCUAUGAGACCAGCAGCGACUGCGCUGAGCUGACCUCCUACCUGAGCCGCUGUAACUCCUGCAGGGUGGAGAGCGGCUGCUUCAUGGUCUACGAGCGUCCCAACUACAUGGGCCACCAGAUGCUGGUGAGGAGGGGAGAGUACCCUGACAACCAGCGCCUGAUGGGAAUGAGCAUGAGUGACUGCAUCCGUUCCUGCCGCAUGAUCCCCAUGCACAGAGGUCCCUUCAGGAUGAAGAUCUACGAGAGGGAGAACUUCGGUGGUCAGAUGAAUGAGCUGAACGAGGACUGCGACUCCAUCCAGGAGCGCUACCGCAUGCCCGACUGCCAGUCCGCUCACGUGAUGGACGGCCACUGGCUGAUGUACGAGCAGCCCCACUACAGAGGCAGGAUGAUGUACCUGAGGCCCGGAGAGUACAGGAGCAUGAGAGACAUGGGCAUGGGUCCCAUGGACAUGAGGAUCGGAUCCAUCAGACGCAUCAUGGAUUCCUGUUAG